AUGGCAACCUGUGAGGAGGGAUCUCAGAAAGUUCCUCUGAAAGAUGCAGGAGAUAAAAAUGAGGCAAGCGGUAGUAGACGUGCAGUUAGCAGUGGUGAACCGUCUUCUGAUGGUUCAAUUGAUGAAGAACGAUCUGCGCUGAGCGAUUCGGACUUGGCAGAUGCUUUGCGGAUUAGAGUUGGGUUUUAUUUCAUUAUUUAUUUUUGUUGUUAUAUAUCAUUAAUACCUUUUAUAGAUUAUAAGACGAUCGCUACGCAAGCAAAGGGGCCUUCAAGUGACGCGCUAGAAGCAGAGUGUUGGGCAGAGCAAAGUUCUCAUGUUUUCAGUGCCGAUGUUGAAGGCGUAACCAAUAAGGAGGGUGCUGAAUGGAAAGAUUUGCUUGGCAAUGGCCAGUUGUUGUAUAGAAUUAUAAGUAAAGGAACUGGGCUGAGGCCACGAAAUGGCCAGGAAGUGGUAAUUCGUGUUGAAGAUAAACUUUUUGGUAGCGAUUCUUAUGAAAAAAUCACUUUUAUUUUGGGAUACAGCAUGGUUAUAGAAGCGUGGGAUUUGGUUGUCUCCUCACUGAGUGAAGGGGAUGUCGCGCAAGUGAAAAGUAGUUCACGUCUUGCCUAUGGCAGUACGGGGGACAGCAAGCGAAACAUACUGCCUGACCAAGAUAUGGAGUAUGAAAUCGAACUUAUCAAAGUUGGUAAACCGGUGGUUUUUUCUGACAUGCCUGAACCCGUGCUUUCUGAACAUGCCCGUCAGUUGAAGGAGAGGGGAAAUUACUAUUAUCUUAGAAAGGAGUUUGAGAAAGCUAUAUUUGUAUAUAAGAGAUGCACUGACAUUGUGGAGGUUUCACGCGACAACGAGGAACUUCGCAUGCUUUUUUCACUAAUUUAUUCCAAUUUAGCAGCUUGUUACGCAAAGUUGAAAGACUGGAAGGCCUCCCUGACUGCUGCUACCGAAGCAUUGAAUUUAAAUGAGAAGAACGCUAAGGCUUUGUUCAGGCAGGCAAAUGCUUAUACCAAUUUAAGUAUGAUAUCUGAAGCAGUUGAAUCACUUACUGCAGCUUUAACGGUUACACCGAAUGACCCGCUAAUUACAAAAGAACUACAAAGGGUUAGAAUUUUGCAACGAAAGUGCCACGAAAGAGAAAAAAAUUUGUGCAGAAGGAUGCUCGCAGGCAUGCGUUUGAGCGAGUCAACACCAAAUAGAUUCAAAAUCCGUUAUCGAUAUUUGUUUUCUGCUGCUGUUUUUCUGGCAGUAGCAGUGCUUUUUCACUUCUGUAAUUCGCUAAUGAUGUCAUACAUAUCAUCUUUUACGGAAAAAGUGUAA